GUUUUUAAAAGAGCUACUUUUUUCAGUUAAGAGAAAUAUUAUAGUUUGGGUUCAAAUGAACUUGUUUGCGGCUGGGAACUCUCCGUCCUCGUGGUUUACGGUAGCCUAGUAACGACGGUGUUCCGGAACCAUCGAUGCCAUGAUUUAAAACAAAACGGUUUGAAACGGGACACAAACAACAGUCUCCUACGAUCAAAGCCAGUAUUUAGUUGAUCUUCGUCCACUCCGACAACCUCCCGUCCCAGACUCCGUGUCUGGACAGAUAUCAGAAGGUGGAGGGCUCCGGUGAAAUGAGGAGGAGUGUGAGCCGGUGCACCGGUACGGACCCGUUCCGGUCCCGGUGUGAGGACCGAGCGGCUGCGUUAAGAUUUGUGGCUGAGAGGGUGCUGGGCGAGAGGAAGGAGGAGGAGGAGGAGGAGGAGGAGGAUCUCUCCUCCAACACCCUCUUCUCCUUCAUCAACAGCCUGGACGACGGACAGUGGGAGAGCAUCCGGGAGAGGAUGAGAGAGCCGCUGACCCAGACUCACAUGGCCCAGACGUCCAGGAGGAUCAUCAGUGUGGUGACAGAGCUCGUCUACCAGGUGCUGGUCCCGGUCCUGAUGGCCAGUCUGCAUGAGCAAGACUUUUCAGAUGCUUCAUCCAAGAAAUCCUGUAAGGAAGAGGAUACUCAGAGCAAAGACAGCAGAUCCUCCCUUCUGAUGGUAAAACCCUAUGUUGAAGGAAAUGUGGCAAAGCCUAUGGGCAGCUCUGCCUCCCAGUCUCCAGCCAGGAGCAUGCUGGGAGGAAUAGUGCAGCAGGUGGAGCAGGACCUGUCUGUGCUCGCUGUCCCUCCUCCUGAGAGCCCUGUUGUGGUGAUUCCACUGCAAGCCGAGGAACAGGUGGCAGAGAGCUGCUUUGCCUCCACACCUUUGUCGAGCCCAUCAGGCUGGGGCACCGCUAAGGUGACCCCAUGGCACGACAUGGAACAGUUUCUGGAGCCGGACACAGGGGAGGUGAUAUCCUUCAUCACUGAGAACUUAGACAGCUGUGACAAGAAGACAGAAGCAGACAUGAAGACAGAAAGUGGUGCUUGCAAAAUCCUGAAAGACACGGGCGCCAAAAGGAGCAUCCCAUGGUUCGAGACAGCAGACUGCUCUGGGGACUGGUCUGAUCUGGACAGUAUGGACGGCAACUGUUGCUGCUGGUUCCCUAAGAGCUCCACCAGCGGAGAGAGAGGAUACUCUUUCUCUUUCUCCAACAGCCAAAAGGAUAAAACACCCCACAAGGCAGACCCUACAGUCAGAGAUGGAUCACCUCUUCAGGACACUGAGAUAACUUAUCUGACGCCUGUGUCCUCUACGGAGGUCGUCAAAGACAUUUCAAGCAGCUUGGUGUCAAAAAACACCACCGUGUCUGAGGACCGAGUAGACAAUACCCAAGAGGUUAUGUACAGCACAGCAACUGGUUCAUGCGAGUCCAGGGUGAGCAGCAUGAGAGGUGUGGUGAAGUCUUUCCUGGAUGAAACAGAGCAGAUGUUGAAAGAAGACGACAGCAGCGUCCAGCGUGGUGAUGCAUCUCUGAUCAUGCUGGAGGAGCUGAUCAGCCAGGAUCAGCUGUUCACCUUCUCUAAGCUGCUGGCUGACAAGGUCUCUAGCAUGUUUGACCAGCAGUUACAGAGUGAUUCUGAGCAGCUGGAUCCCAUCAGUAAGGCGUGGUCAGAUUCAGAUCUGAACCAGCUGAGAGAACGUCCCGUUGGUGACAUCACACCCACUGACCAGGUGUACGUGUUCGUCGAGGAAGCUGUAAAACGCCUGCUGACCUCGCUCGUCUUCCCUCCGUCGUCAUGGGGAAUGGGUCACAUGGUUCGAGACCAAAUCAGCCCUUCGUCUGCCGAUAAAUGGUUAGAGACGACUGAGAAGUAUGAGGAUGUCAUCUCUGUCUACAGCAAGCUUAUGACCGACCACGUGAUGGGAAACCUCAGCAGGACAUCUGCUGCCUCCAAGCUCCAGCAGGAAGUCACCGACCCAAAGGGAAUGGAGAAGUUCAUCCAUUUCUGCCAGGAACUUCCCAACAAGAUCAGGAGGAAAUGGAGGAAAGUGAUGUACAAGGAGGUCUAAGCUGGCCAGGAGAAUAGAAAAGUCAUUUUGAGCCUUAUUACUAAAGAUUUCACACUUGACCCCAAACUCCCCCAACACGAACAUCCUGUUUUUCCCCCAUUCGAUCCUUAAAAUCCCUAAACCUAGCAACAUUCCUUACAGUCCGUACCCUCCCACCCUCUCUCAGGAGUAAAUGUUCAAAUGACUUGCCAAACUAC